GCCGCCGAGGGGACAAGAUGGCGGCGCUGGCGCGGCGCGCGGCGGCCGGGCGGGGCUGGUGAGCGGCGCGGGGCCCGCGGGGCGGGGCGAGGCCGAGGCGGCCCCGGAGCCGGGACAGGAGGCGCCCAGCUGCGCCAAGAUGGCCCCAGCCUGCGAGCGGCUGCACUUCCGCUUCCCCAGCUACGGGGACGGGGUGCUGCGGCGCAUGGACCAGCUGCGGGCGCAGCGGCGGUUCUGCGACGUGACGGUGCAGGUGAACGAGCUGCGGGUGCCAGGGCACCGCGUGGUCUUCGCCGCCUGCUCCCCGUUCCUGCGGGACCAGUUCCUGCUCAGCGACUCGCCCGAGGUGUCUGUCUCGCUGCUGCAGAGCCCCGAGAUCGGCCGCCAGCUGCUGCUCUCCUGCUACACCGGCUGCCUCGAGGUGCCACUGCCCGAGCUGGUCAACUACCUGACGGCCGCCUCCUUCCUGCAGAUGGGCCACGUGGUGGAGCGCUGCACCCAGGCCGUCUCCCGCUACCUGGUGCCCAAGGCCGAGGUGGCGCCGGGCCCGGGGCAGGAGGAGGAGGGGUCCUCCCCCUGCCCCCUGCCUGCACGGCGGCAGGAGGGGCCAGAGGGGGCCGGGGAUUUCCUGGCCUGCCGCUCCCGUGGCAGCCCCUCGUCCCCUGAGAUCUCCCUGCCCCUCCUCAACUCGGCCAUGGAGCUCACCCACAGCUACCUGAAGGGCUGCUACGAGGACGAGGCGGCACCGGGGGGGCCCUUCCCCUGCCCCCCAGCCCCCGCCCAGCCGGGGGGGCCGUGGCGGGGCUGCCCCAUGCGCCGCCGGCACCUGGAGCCGGCCCGGAAGGACAGGAAGGCGCCUGAGCUGGAGCGGCCCUACCGGUGCCCGCGCUGCGACGGCCUCUUCCCCCAGCUGGGCGGCUUCGUGAGCCACGUGCGGGAGCACAAGCUCUUCCUCUGCCUGCGCUGUGCCAAGGUCUUCUCCCAGAAGAGCAACCUGACCCGGCACCUGCGCGUCCACACCGGCUUCAAGCCCUUCCAGUGCCCCGUGUGCCACAAGUGCUUCACGCAGAACGCCACGCUGCAGGACCACCUCAACCUGCACAGCGGGCGCAAGCCGCACCGCUGCAACUACUGCGCCGUGCACUUCACCCACAAGCCGGGCCUGCGGCGCCACCUCAAGGAGCUGCACGGCAAGAGCACCCUGCAGAACAGCCACGAGGAGAGCGAUUUGCUCGCCGGGGCCUGCGACUGAGCACGGGGCCGAGCCGCUGCCCUCGGACGGGGCUACCGGGCGCCCUGGGGAGGGGCCACUGGCCGCCCUGGGGAGGGGCCACAGACUGAGACCGUGGGCCACUGGCCACCCUGGGGAGGGGCCACGGACCCACGGACUGAGCCCCGGGGCCACUGGCCGCCCUGGGGAGGGGCCACAGACCCACGGACUGAGCCCCGGGGCCACUGGCCACCCUGGGAGGGGCCAUGAACCGAGCUGCGGGGGCUCACAGGGUGCUGGGCACACCCACAGCAAUACCACAGACCGUUCCAUUCCCUCCUGGGGGGCGGGGGGAGCAAGUCUAAUAGGCCUGACCAAUCCCUCCUGAGGGCAAGGGAGGUCUGCCCAGGAGACGACUAGACCAUUCUCUGCUGAGGGUGACCCUCUCAGCCCAAACCAUUUGCUUGAGAGGGAGGAAGAGAAUAUUCAUUCUUAUGACCCCCAAAUUCUCUGGGGUUCAAAAGAGGGGGUGGGGGUGGGGGGCUGGAAGCCAGGGCACCUGGGUUCUCUGGCGGUCAGUGGGAUGGGGGAGGGGUAGCAGCCCCAGGCUGAAUCCCUCGUAUGAACCUGGUGUGUCUUCACCCCCAGUACCAGGGACGCAGCCCCCCAGCUCCUGCCUGGUCCUCAGGGCGGGGAAAUAGCAUGAAAACUUUAUUCCUAUAAAGUUUUGCCUUUU